UGCCUUACAAAAAUCUCCAUUUACACACCCUGCCUCCUCGCUAUCUCGUAUCUCCCGCUUCUUGCUCAAGCAGCUUUUAAACCCUAAACUUCAAUACAAGAUUUCUAAGGACUGUUCUAGGCAUUUCUAAUCUCCGAAGCUCCUCCCGUAACAUAUGCAGUCGGUGUUUCCUGAGGGUUCCCCUCUCUCGCGCAGACUGAGCUUGUCGCCGAGAAUGGCUGCUUUUGGUGCUCUUUCGCUGUGCCCGUGCAGCCUCUUGUGGCGGCCCAACCCCACAAAUAAGCGUUCCGUUUUGUGCUCUCUUGGUUCUCAAACUAGUACAGGUACUGCCCGAUCUAAAGUACCGCGUAAAAGAUCAGGGAUAAAGGAAGGGGCAAGGACAAGUAUGGAAGACUCGGUUCAGCGCAAGAUGGAAGAAUUUUAUGAAGGUUCUGAUGGACCACCCCUCCGUGUUCUUCCAAUUGGUGGCCUGGGUGAGAUUGGGAUGAAUUGCAUGCUUGUUGGAAAUUAUGAUCGGUACAUUCUGAUUGAUGCUGGUGUCAUGUUUCCAGACUAUGACGAACUUGGGGUCCAAAAAAUAACACCUGAUACCUCAUUUAUCAAAAGGUGGAGUCACAAAAUCGAAGCAGUUGUUAUCACACAUGGCCACGAAGAUCACAUUGGUGCGUUGCCUUGGGUCAUCCCUGCUUUGGAUUCUCGUACACCAAUAUUUGCAUCUUCCUUUACGAUGGAGCUUAUUAAGAAGCGUUUAAAGGAGAAUGGGAUUUUUGUUUCGUCUAGACUUAAGGUAUUUAGAACAAGGAGGAAGUUUAUGGCGGGGCCGUUUGAAAUUGAGCCUAUCAGGGUCACCCAUUCUAUUCCCGAUUGCUGUGGAUUAGUUCUUCGCUGUGCUGAUGGCACGAUUCUUCACACUGGGGACUGGAAGAUUGAUGAAACACCAUUAGAUGGAAAAGUUUUUGAUCGUGAAGCAUUAGAGGAACUUUCAAAAGAAGGAGUAACAUUGAUGAUGAGUGACUCAACAAAUAUUCUUUCACCUGGGAGGACAAUGAGUGAAUCUGUAGUGGCAGAUGCAUUAUUGAGGCGUAUUUCAGCAGCUAAAGGAAGGGUUAUUACAACUCAGUUUGCAUCGAAUAUACACCGCCUUGGAAGUGUGAAAGCUGCCGCUGAUUUAACUGGUAGAAAACUGGUAUUUGUUGGCAUGUCCUUAAGAACAUAUCUGGAUGCUGCCUGGAAGGAUGGAAAGGCACCAAUUGAUCCAUCAACUCUGGUGAAAGUUGAGGAUAUUGAUGCCUAUGCUCCAAAGGAUUUGUUAAUCGUGACGACUGGUUCUCAAGCAGAACCACGUGCUGCUCUAAAUCUUGCAUCAUAUGGAGGUAGUCAUUCUCUCAAACUGAGCAAGGAAGAUAUAAUUCUGUACUCGGCUAAGGUAAUCCCUGGUAAUGAAUCUCGGGUGAUGAAAAUGCUAAACCGGAUAUCCGAGAUUGGAACACCCAUCGUAAUGGGUAAAAAUGAGUGCCUGCAUACAUCUGGUCAUGGACAUCGUGGAGAACUGGAAGAAAUACUUCAAAUUGUAAAGCCACAGCACUUUUUGCCCAUACAUGGAGAACUGUUGUUUUUGAAAGAACAUGAAUUACUUGGAAGAUCAACUGGCAUUCGGCACACUUGUGUUAUUAAGAAUGGCGAGAUGCUUGGGGUUUCUCAUUUAAGAAAUAGGAGAGUUCUGUCUUCCGGUUUCACUUCCCUAGGGAAAGAGAGUUUGCAGUUGAUGUAUAGUGAUGGUGAUAAAGCAUUUGGUACAUCAACUGAACUUUGCAUUGAUGAGAGACAAAGAAUUGCAUUAGAUGGCAUUAUAGUGAUCAGUAUGGAAAUUUUGCGUGGUCAAGAUGCUGAUGGUCUGAUUGAAAAUAGCUUGAAAGGGAAGAUAAGAAUCACUACAAGAUGCUUAUGGCUUGACAAAGGGAAGCUCUUAGAUGCACUCCAUAAAGCCGCCCAUGCUGCACUUUCAAGCUGUCCUGUCAAUUGUCCUUUAGCCCACAUGGAAAGAACUGUGGCUGAGGUCUUGAGGAAGAUGGUACGGAAGUACAGUGGUAAAAGGCCUGAAGUCAUUGCCAUUGCUGUGGAGAACCCUGAAGCAGUUCUCUCUGAUGAGUUGAAUGCAAGGCUAUCUGGCAAGUCCCAUGUUGAUUUUGGGAUGCCUGCACUGAGAAAAGUGGUUGAUGGACGUCUAAAAGAAAUUGAUGGACAUCCAAAAGAAAAACAGUCCGAUAGGAUGCAUGCAGAAGAAGACGUUGCCAGUAUACAUUUAGAGAACACUUCACAACAAGGUGAAUAUACCGAACUUGAAAGACUACUACCUGAGGAAGACACCACAACUUCGAGUUCCAGCUUAACAGAACAACUUUUACCCGAUUCUAAUGAUUCAGAUGAUUUCUGGAAAGUGUUUACGUCAUCAUCACCUGUUGACAAAGGGGCUAAAGCUAACAAUGGUUUUGUCCCACACACAAAACAUGUGUCACAGAUUGAGAAAGUUGGUACUGAAAGCGUUAAAGAUGACUCCUUAAAAUUAUCAAAUGCUCAACCGAAGUCCAAGCCUGUGAAACGGAAUAAAUGGAAACCUGAGGAUGUUAAGAAGUUGAUAAAAAUGCGUGGGGAAUUACAUAGCAGAUUCCAAGUUGUGAAGGGGAGAAUGGCCCUCUGGGAAGAGAUAUCUGGAAACUUGUUGGGAGAUGGGAUCACUCGAAGUGCAGGGGAGUGCAAAUCUCUAUGGACAUCUCUGGUUCAGAAAUAUGAGGAGACCAAGAGUGGGAAGAAAAGCAGGAAGAGCUGGCCAUAUUUUGAGGAAAUGGAUAGAGUUUUUUCUGAUACUGAUGCAAUGGCAACAAAAUGAUUGGCAAACAAAAAAAACAGCUUGCACCAUUUUUUGGAAGACCUUUGACAAUUUCUACCUUGGGUCAGGUACUUGUUUUGAA